UGGGCCGAGUACCCAAUUCCGUCUUAAUUUGGGGCGGGCUCAUCCAUCAUUAGUGCCUGGUUCGGCCCAAAACAAAAAAGGAGAGAAGGAAACACCUUGAGCUUUUGCUCCCAUGGCGUCCGCGUCCAAUUCCCGCCUCUGAAAAAAAAAAAAAAAAAAAAAAAAAACAAAAAUCUUAAUCUCGCCGAGAGAGAGGGAGAGAUGAGCACGACGGAGCUUCCGAGGAAAGAAACAAACGUUCUUAAAGGCCACGAAGGCGCCGUAUUGGCGGCGAGGUUCAACGGCGACGGCAACUACUGCCUGAGCUGCGGCAAGGACCGUACUAUCCGCCUCUGGAACCCUCACCGCGGAAUCCACGUCAAGACCUACAAGUCCCACGGCCGCGAAGUCCGCGACGUCCAUGUCUCUCCGGACAAUUCCAAGCUGAUCUCUUGCGGCGGCGAUCGGCAGAUUUUCUACUGGGAUGUCGCCACUGGACGUGUCAUUCGCAAAUUCCGCGGCCACGACAGCGAGGUGAAUGCUGUGAAGUUUAAUGAGUAUGCGUCUGUGGUCGUUUCAGCGGGGUAUGAUCAGUCAUUGCGUGCUUGGGACUGCAGGUCUCACAGUACUGAGCCAAUUCAGAUCAUUGACUCAUUCGCGGACAGUGUGAUGUCUGUUUGCCUAACAAAAACUGAAAUUAUCGGAGGAAGCGUUGAUGGGACUGUACGAACAUUCGAUAUUCGUAUUGGUAGAGAAAUAUCUGAUGAUUUGGGGCAGCCUGUCAACUGUAUCUCAAUGUCAAACGAUGGUAACUGCAUAUUAGCAAGUUGUCUAGAUUCGACAUUACGACUUUUGGACAGGUCUACCGGCGAACUGCUGCAAGAAUAUAAAGGUCAUACCUGUAAGUCUUACAAACUAGAUUGCUGCCUUACCAACACUGAUGCACAUGUAGCCGGUGGAUCUGAGGAUGGUUUCAUUUACUUUUGGGACCUGGUAGAUGCAUCUGUAGUGUCAAGAUUCCGAGCUCAUUCUUCAGUGGUAAACGCUUUAGGGAUGCUGCCAAUCGGUGGUUGA